AGCUUCAUUCUCUUUUCCGGCACUCUCGUAGUAAGAAGCAUUCUGUCGUUCGCGUUAAUAGUUUGCUAAUUUCAGCGAAAAUUCGCUUCGAAAUCCGGCCAAACCCACACGGAAUCGAUUCGCGCGUGAGAAAUGAUUGUUUUGAAUCCCAAGCUAGGAAACAACUCGCUAGCUGGUUGAGAUGAUUAAAAAAUGAAUGAAGGUGAUUCAGCGGGAGGGCAAACAGGUCGUACCCUAGCCCUUCCUGCUGGGACUGACCAGAGAAUAUUGAGCAUCAGCAGUGCAGGCCAUUUGCCCGUUGGGCCUGUGGUAGUUUCAUCACCAAUGUCCCGUUCGUCUGCCGAUGAGAGACAGCAACAGUUUAAGCAUCUUCAGCCAAUGCAGAGCACUGGAGUACAUCAAAAUAAAUCUCAUACAGUACCAAACCCAGCCGGAAUCGUUACAUGUAAUCAGCAACAGUUUACAUCAUCAACUAGUGGUAGUAACGUUUUGAUCAGUGGCGUUAACAAUGUGAACAAUGACACAAACAGUACAGUUAUCAGAGCUUCAUUUGACAGUGGAGUGCGAACGCAGAAUUCUUUUAUCGGAACAAGUGGAAGCAACAGUGCAAGUGAUGGACUAGUCCCGAAUCAUCCCAGUGGCAUCGUUAGUGUUUUUAGUGGUAUCAUAAGCGGUAAUAACAAUAGUGCAAAUUCUGGGAAGAUAUACACACAAACUGCAAGUGGAAUAGUGACUGGAACGGGAUCGGGCGCAGGAGUGGAUAGUGGUGAAACUUUUCCUGUUUCUCCAACAGCCCGGAAACGACUAAAACUUGAUAGUCCUAUUAUUGAAGUGGAACAUGAUAUUUCCGCACUGAAGAAACUUAUUCUAGAGCACAAGUACAUGAGAUUACGGAGUAUUAAGGAAAAGUAAGUGUAAUUGAACAAUAGCCUUUUUGCUAAACUGAUCACGGGGUGUUGUGAACUUGCGGGGGUUUACGCUGUGACCGAUAAAAUUUGUAACAGGGGAGAUGGACCGUGAUGGGUUUUAGUCGUAUGCAGACAAGAUAUAGAAAAACUAACAACCAAGCGGUAUAAAAUCGGGCAGGCAGACCAAAUGGUUAUAAAUGGCUUAAUUUACAACAUCCAAUGAAAAAAUGGGGGAAAUGUUGUAGGAAAUUUAAACUGGAAAAAAGUUAUUCCUACUAAUCUUACUACAAGUGAUAUUGCACAGGAGAAAGCAAUAAACAAAUGUGGCGACGCCACAUCGCUUCAUUCGUGUGCUUCAACUAGUCUUGUCCUUAUACUUGAGUAUACCAGGCAAGCCAGUGGAUCACAGGUUUGUUUGCACUCUCGACGGAGAGAUCAAGACCACUUCGGCGGAUUCUUAGCGGCUUUGCGUCACUUUGGAUCCUUGGACUCGGCUCACACUACCUUCGUCCUAAAUGUCACUCAUGUGCAUACCACUUUUAGUAAAGUUAGUAGGAGUAACUUUAUUUUCAGCUUAAAUUACUUUAAAUGUUUCCCCAAUUUUUCUUCAAUGUUUGUAAAAUAUGCUUUUUAGGACCAUUUCCCAUAACCCAUUUUUCGAAAAAGCCGUAAUUCGGAACAUUUACUCGUACUUUGAUGGUCAAAGAAGUUACUUGGAUAGCAAUAAAUGUAUAAGGAAUAAAAAAAUUAUUCCGUAGAAAAUUUAAUUUACUAAUUCCUUAUGAAACUUUGAAGCCCAAUUUUUUAAAAUAAAUAUU